CGCCAAGUGGAACGUGUAAUUAUUUUCUUCUCUAAUUAGUUUAUUUCAAAUGAAUUUUAAUUGGUAUUAGUGCCGUAUAUUAUGUGCAUUCGUCAGGAUUCGUGCAGGAUCUUACUCAACGAUUUUUUUUCAAGUUUUAGCUCAGUUCAUUUUACUUCUUCUCCUUCCUGGAUUUAUAGUUUGUUUUAGGUAAACAACGAUGAUUGGUGACUGGUUGAAUUAUUUCUGGCUGUUGUUUUUCCGGUAUCUUUACUACCCGAAAAAUGCUAUCGAAGGAAAAACAACAGCACAAUUUCCUGAAAUUGAAGACUUUGCCAACAAAGUAGAAGAUAAACGGAAUAGGGAACACAGCACCAAUAUGUCGAAUAUGCAAGUAUCUGUGCCCCAACAAAGUGGAGAAAUUGUAUCUGCUAACAGAGAGGAAGACAGUGAAUGUGUAGAGGAAACUACUUUGACAGAAGUUCACAAAGAUGAUGGCAAAUCUAAAAUGCACCAGAAAACCGCCACAUUCGAAGGCCAAGAAAACACUUCAAUUGUAGAAGAUAACAAAAAGCAACAAAUAGAAGCUACCAAAAAUGUAAUGCAACAAGAAACAUCCACAAUAUCAGCAAAUAAACAGGACCAACAAGAAAAAGAAACCAUCAAGUACGUGCGGAACACAUCACCAGCAGGCUUUUAUAAACCCCUACCAUUGGAACCGACCAAAUCCUUCGAACCACUCAAACCUUUUGAACCUUUAAAACCAUUCGAGCCAGUGAAAGCUUUUGAACCUCUUAAACCAUUCGAGGCACCAAAAUCUUUUGAGCUAACUAAGCAGUUAACCGGUACAGUUAAUAAAGAACCCAUUGUAAAAGAAAUUGAAGAUAUAUAUUCUGACGCUUUAGCUAAAAUAGGUGGUAUAGAACUAAUCAAGGAACCUGUUAAACAAGAAAACAAUAUCAGUGUAAAUGGAUUUAACGGUGUAAAUCAGAAUCUUAAUAAUGGUCAAAAUGUUCAUAGUUUUAGACCGGUAACAUUUUCAGCUGGUACACAAGAGCAAACUCAACCAGUAAAACCACCUGAAAAAAUAACUGAAAUACCAAUAGACUCAAAUAAUAACCAGGAAGCAACUAACUGGUUACCUUCGGGUUAUGUUCCAGUUGAACCUCUGUCUCCUUUGAGGUUAUCUGACUUAGAACCUCCACUGUCUUCUCCUCAACCUCCACCUGUACCACAGAUUACCUUGACAAGCGACAGUAAUACAGAUAUCCCAAGAAUAUUAAACAGCAAUGCAGAGAAUAAGGCUGAGAUUAAAGAAGAAAAUAUAAAAAACAGUUUAAAGGAAAUUAUUUCGGACUUGGACAAAUACGCUGAGAAGGAUAAGGAAUUGAAGCAGGAACCAAUAGGUUUUCUACCAUCUUUGAAUCAAGAUAUCUUAAAACAGAAUCAUAUCUAUAACACAUAUCCCUAUAAGAACUCAAACAAAAGCCAGAAUGACAGUUGGGUUGCCAGAUUGCCGACAGGUGUACCAACCAAACCACCAAAAUAUCGCCCUAUGUCCGUACCACCCCAUGCAUUUAAUAGUUUGUAUUCCUCACAGAUAAAUCAAGAGCUUAUUGACAAAUAUGGAGAUGCUGAAAACCAACAGGAUGAAAAUGCGCCACCACCAAAACCAAUUAAUUUGGAGAAAAUAUUCACACCCGCCGAUGGAGAACAAAUUCAACCAAAAUCCGCAAGGAAAAUGUUUGCGUCUUCUUCCUUUUAUGAAAAAGGAUUCCAUCCAACGGUGGAAGAUCAGGUGGAGUUGGCAAAAAGAAUAUCAAGUUCCUUGAGCGACAUCAGCAACCAAAGUAGCAAAGGACUCCAAAUGUACGUCAACAGAAAGAAAAGAUCGGUUAAAUGGGUACACGAAGGUGAAGGUAAAGCAGGAUUAAACAAAGACUCAAGCGAUGGCGCUGGUAAACCAAAAGACCCUCUGAAGCUGGUUAUGAACCCAGCUGGUCAGUGCCACGAUAUCAAUUCAUUGAGAAAACAAGGAUACAAUAUCGAAAGCGCUCUAUCUCCAGAGGUUUGCUUAGAGAUCGUCAAAGGAUUAAAUUCACCAAAAGGAAAAGGUGCCGAAUUAUUUGCUAAACGACGUAAGAGAUCCGAAAAGUGGGUAGUAGCGGAAACUAACGGAACUCGACCACCCUCCACUAUACCUGACAUUGCUCCAUCUCCAACACCGGUGCUGUCUCCAGUACCUCCACCUCCACUAGGUCCUGCACCAAGCUACCUACCAGAAACGCAACAGAGACUACAACAUAAGGAAAAGCUAGACGAAAUUCAGGAAAAAUUUACACGUCCACGUAUAAAACUUGUAAAGUCUCCUUGGGAAGCUGCUUUGGAAACAGGUUCAGUAGACGCUGCUUUUCAAGUUGAACCAGUUUGGCCAACAAAAGGCAACUACGUAGCACCUGCUGUCAAUUCCUACGAAGAGGCACUUAAAAGCGACAACCUGGCGUCGUGGGCAAUACCAAAGUCAAAUGGAUACAACUCUGAAAAGACUUAUGCCCAUAAUCCGGCAUACAAUAGUCAGAGCAUCAACAGAAUAGUUGACAAUUAUCAAAAAGGCACCUCCAACGUGGAUGUUUACAAGCCUGCACUACCACAAGCUUGGAAUUCUGGACCAGCCAAGAAACAACAAUUUGGUAGUAUAUCUGCUGCUUUAUCUAAUAUCAUAAAACCUCCAGUAAAAGAAGAACCUCGUCCAACUUCACCCUUUCCAACUAUUCCUGACGUAUCGCAAAAUAUUGAAACUUUACAGUCGGUAAAAUCUAGCGUAAUUCGCGCAGUAACGCCGACAUUUUUAGAGCCCAAACCUGAUCCACAAAAAGAAGCUGAGCUUGAGCUAGAUCGAAAACGCCAAGAACGGGCAGCUUCGCCGUUUCCUUCAAUUCCGGAUGUUGUGUUAGAGCAAACAGUUAUCGAUGAAGACAUAAAAAGUUUUCAAGAAAAUAAAGACGUGGAGUCAGUGCUUAGACCAGCAUCCCCUUUUCCUACUAUACUCGACAUAACUUUAAACCCAGAAAUUUUGGAGAAAGAUAUUGUAACUUUACGGACCAGUCCUGUUCCCUUUCAAAUUCAAUCUUCAAUCAAUAUGGAGGAAGGUUUAACGGACAUUCAGCUUGAUGAACCUCUUCCUCCACCUCCAGAAUUUAUAGAAACACCUGUAGAAUUAGAAAGGCCUAUACCGUUUCCUACUAUUCCUAAUAUCUCGAAGUAUUUGUCCACUGAGAAACAGGAAUCUACAUUAUUUCGACCGAUUCCAUCUAAACCAUUCGAAUCAGUUUCAAUAACGGAUAAAAAAUAUGAACUAAACAAUCCUUUAGGUAAAUGUGCUCCAAAACCGCCUAAACCCGAGUUUAAUUAUGCCUUGGCUAACUUUCAAAAUAAAGUUACAGAACAUAGCUUUACGAAUUCGGCAUCUAAUUCGAGAACUAUACAGUCAGAGCUUUUUGAGAAUCAAGGACAUUUUAAUGCUAGAGGUAAAUCCCCUAUUCACAUUUUUGUACCAAAUGAAACGCAGGAAGCUAAUUUAAACCUAAAUAUUGAUAAGAAUCCUGAAGAGAAAUCAAAUAAGUCAAAUGACCAAAGAAAAAUUAUUAUUGAGAAAGUCGAAGUGGAACAGAAAAAUCCAGAGUAUGAAGAACAUGUAAGGAAAAUGGUCAUAGAAAAUAAUCAGGAAAAAUCAACUGUAAUUCAGUCACAAAAGCAAUGCUUCUCGGAGCUGAAUAAUAUAAAAACAGCUUUCGAUGUAGUUAACCAAUAUGCGAUUAAAGGAAUGACAGGAUUUGACGUUGAAUAUAAAGAUUUGACCCAAAAAGAAAACGAAACAGAAGCGAACAAAAAAGAAGAUAUAAAUAAUAUUAUUUUGACUGAAACAAUUGAGGUAAAUCAAAAUUUAGGAAAAACUCUUAAUAAUGAAAACAAUAAAGUUGUAGUUGAUGACAAUACAAGUAAAGUUCAAUCUGAGGAAAAGGAAAGUAGUAAUAAUGCUAAAAAUAAUGUGUCAAUAAUAAAUAAGAAGUCUCCAGCAAAAGAAGAUAUUAAUUUAGAUAUUGAACCAAAAAUAUGUAAAAAACCACCUGGUGCGAUAAUUGGGGCUAGACCACUUUUUGGUGAACUUAAUAUCAAUGAUGAAUUUAAGAAGGCCUUGGUUGGAAGGAAGAAGUCUAUGCUGGAUAGAAGAUAUAAAGAUGGAUCAAAAAAUGUCGUGGAAGUUCGGGAACCUAACAAAGUCCAUUUUGAGCAGUCGGAAACAAAAUCAGAGGAAGAAGUUACUGAUAAUUCAAAAUUAAAAGCUGAAAUUAAAACUAAUGAAAAAGCGGAUGUAGAAAUAUUACGACCAAACGAAUUUGAAGAGGUAGAAAAAGUAUUUUACGAACAAAACAGAGAAUAUGAUAUCGAUUUCCAAAUAGUACAAGAAGAAUAUAUCGAUCCUAAUACUAAUAACGGUUACUCAAGAUCACAAAAUUUGCGACACGUGCCUCAACACACAAAUGGUGUAAAUAAUACUAAUUAUAGAGUGCAGUCACCUAUGACACAAUUUAAUCAACAACAACAAAUUGUACCAAACAUCUUUCCCCAAAGUCUUCCAACACAUCAAACAUAUCUAGAUCAACAACAUGAUAGAAACGAUCAUACCUUAAACCAAGCCGAUACAAUAACAGAAGAAAAUGAAGACUAUGUUAAAGUACCGGUGAAAUCGUUAAUAGAAAGUUUUGAACAAUCAAUUAUGCCUCCCAUGCAAUACAAACAAAUUCGAGAACCUUUGCCUGAUGUCGUAGAAAAAUUAAGCUUAAGGCAUCCAAAUGCAGAUAAGCAGAAUAAUUCUAUAAAUACCAACAUUAAUAGUACUCAAAGCAAUAAUAUUAACUUUAAAGAACAAAAAAUGAUUCAACAACAAAGUAUGCUGAAACAAGCCGAACAAGAUUUUGAUAAUCUAUAUUACAUUACAAGUUCUAAAGUGCAAUCAUCUAAUUAUCUACAACCAGAUCCUACAAAAGUAUAUUCCUUGCAACAAUCAGAAAACAGUUCCUUUUGUAAAUAUUCUUCUUCCCAAUACUCUUCCCAGUACUCCUCCCAACAGCAGAUGCAAUUCGCCUCUACAAGCAAUGGAAAUUCUUAUGAGCAAUUAAUACCAGGCUCAUCUACCCUUCCAAGACCACAAUCAAAACCUCCGCUAUCGCCAACAUACAAACCCGACGUGGCACCUCAAACCUUUGUGCCGAAAGAAAGCAAUGCGCCUCUGCCAAAUCUCUAUGCUCCAGCAUACAACGCUCAUUCUCCAACUACUGAAUAUACUGCACCGCCGAACUAUAUACCCAGCCAAACCUACGACGAUUCUUUACUAUCUACACCUCUACCGACCCAGAAGAAAAUCAACUUUGACAGUUUGCAUAACUACAACACCGCACCUAGAGGAUGGGGUGGUUCGAGAGAUGUAUACAAGCCCCUAACGUUUGAGAGUCCCCGAUCACCAUACUCUAAUUUCUAGUUGUGUAAACUUGCCCAAGAUAUAUACACAUGUAAUGUUAUUAUUUAUGAAUAUCGUUUGUCGUGUUGGAGCACAAAAAGCUAAUGUUUAAAAAUUCUUAAAAGAAUUCUAAGCAGGUAUCUGAAUGAUCAGAAUUACCGGAGUAUUGUGAAUAAGCUUUCUCGCUGGUGCGGUGUAAGAAAUAGUAUCAAAAAAAAUUAUUAAUUUCUGCUUGGUUCAAAGUCAUCCAUCUCAUCCAAUCCUUUUAAGGAUUGCGCAAUUGAGGUAAUGGACAACAAAAUUUAAAUAUUUCGAUACUAGUCAGCUUAGGACAUGUAUAUAAUAUAAACGAUUUAUUUCUUUGACUAACAUUUUUGAUUUUUUUUUCGUUGUAUACGAUUUUCUUUCAGUUUUCUUUUGUAUUUAUAAAAUUCGUCGAAAGAACACGUAAAUGUGUUUGUUGACUAUAUUUUCUUUCUUUGUUGUCUUUUGUGUUUGUAUUUUAGAUGUAAAAAAUUCAGUACUUAGUACAUUACGAUGUUAUUUAUUUGUUUAUAAGAGUAUGUAUAAAUAUGAAAGAGUUAAAAUAAAGAUUAUGUGCCAAUU